GGACAUUUGCCGCUGAAUUUGGUUGACCCCUCAGUGCGCGUUAUUCGUUUUGACUACGGAAUCUGUAUAUUUUGUUUUUGUUGGUUAGAUGGUAAUCUAUGGACCUUUGAACCACAUUUUGAAAGAGGUCGUCUGCUUCCCAUUAUGAGCAGUGUUCGACCGAUCUCUUUCACAGCUGCAAAAUUGCUAUGGGACCCAGAACUAAAUCCAUCUUGUCGAACUCCUUUGUAUCGAGUUGAUGGCAUUGUAGAGGGGCGAAACGAACCAGAUCCAGAUCCAGUAGUUGAUCCCAGACGCCCUUUGCACUUUAGAAAUUUUUGCAAAAAAGCGGUUGUCGAUCUUCCGAUCCCGAGUUUCAAGAUUGACUUAUAUUACGUGGGUGAAAAACCAGAAAAAGAGGUCACUUUCUCGAAUCUUAAUGAUAACAUCACAUUUAAGAACCUAGAAGACAUGUGUCGUAAAUUCGGUACGAUUAUAGAAGCUAAAAUCUACUAUCAUCCAAAAUCACAAUGCCACCUUGGUAUCGGAACCGUUGUAUUUACAUCCUCUAAAAGUGCAAGAGCUUGUGUGGAACAUCUUAACCAGACAUCAAAGAUGGGGAAUAUAAUGACCGUACAGGUGGAUCCUUUUGGUAAAAUUAGAGUCCGGUUGAUUGCUGAACAAAUGGCUGAUCUCCUGCCUUCAAACUCUUGUGAUCAAUUCCAACUUCCAGAAAAACCUUUUGCUAAUCAGAUACACAGCCACAUACCUUCUGAUUUCUCAUCACAAGGUUCCUCAAAUUGUGAAGCUUGUCCACAAAAUCCCACUCCACGUCAGUCUCAUACAUCCGCAAAUCUUAGCGAUCACAAAGCGGUUGAAACUUUGCCACAACCGCAUUGCAUGACAACGUUCAAGUCUCACCUGUUUUUCAAAGCAUCUGAUAAACAGGAAUCGGACUUAAAAACACAUUUACGUCCUGAAAAGUCGGCAUGUGUUCUGAACAACGAUGAUAUUUCAGAAAUAUCUUCUGCCGCGACCCACUGGCAUCGAGAAGCUCCGUCUAAUUCAAAUAUUGGCAAAAGUACUUCAGGUUUUUUAGUAGACCAACAUACAAUGGGACUUGAAGCCAAUACAUGUGUUUCUAAAAAGCUUUCUAGCCAACAAGAUGAUGCAAAACUUCAUGAGUCCCGUUAUUGCGAAGAGUCUCUUGAAGCUCGCAUACAAAAAUUGCUUAAACUGAAUUGUGUAAAACCAGUUCCUGAGUUAAAACAUACUCAGAAUACCCCAGUCGUUUCAGAUCAUAACUCGAAAGUCACUUGCAAUCUUCCAGUAUCUUCAGAAGCAUGUAUUUCGACCAAUGUACGUAUCAAGUCGGAUGAUUUAAAACGAUUUGAAAGCCCUUCAAAUCAAGUGGUUCAGAAGGGAAGCACGCCUUCUGAUUCAUCGAAAAAUAUACGAGCAGUAACAAGCCCGUCAUCCAACCGUCGCACGCUUUUACCUACUCCUGAUGGGUCACUUGAGAAUACCAAGACUUCUUUGUUCAACCUUCAUCGUCCGCCCCUCCUAAAAACUCCUUACAAACCAGUGGAUGUUCAAGAAGUAAUAAAAAUAAUCGAUGACGUUCAUAUGGUUUUUGUGGAUGAGUUACGAGGAAUCAUACAUCGGGAUAUAACCCGAAAGGUUGUUGAAGGUCAGGCAUUUAAAUUAUUUUCCGAUUGGUGGGAUUCGAGAGAACAAGACUACAGACAAAAUCAUGUCAGUGGUCAUCACAAUAUUAAAGAGGAGAGUGUGGGUAGUAAUUAUGUAGACCAUCCAACCACAUCUCAUGAUUCUACCGUUCCAUCACAUCAGAACCAAAGUGCUAGUGGGAAUAUGUCUAACUUCUCAUUUGCUCCUACUUCAGUUUCUUCUAGUAUUCCUGUAUCAACUAUGUCUGACAAUAAUUCUGUAUCUUCAAACUUUAAACUUUUUGGUUUGGGUAUGUUUACAACCUUAAGAUCUGCUUUGCCAAAAAUUAAACGCAAACCUCGUCCACCUAGUCCUGAACCCAUAAGUUCAAACACCGUAGCUUCCACAUCAAAGACUGAGUCUCUUGCUAUCUGUCAAGAUGAACAAAAUGUAAAUUUUCGGAGUAAAACUGAAUUAAAGCUGAGAGGAUCUCCUUUUUGGGAAAGCCGUGGUUCUCUAAUACAAAAAGCAAGUGACAUAUCAAGUUCGGACGAGAACAAUGGUGAAGUAAAUAUUCGUGGUAAAAUCUCUGAAUCUUCAGGUAGUGAAAGUUCCACGGAACAAGCAGACCAAGUGACUACUGAUCGUGUACGAGACCUUUGCAGCUCAAAAGAACAUCAGGAUAGGCAUAGAUAUCAUCACGUUAGAAGACGCUCUGGAACUUCCAAGUCAAAUGACAAAUGUGAAUACGUUCGAUCACAGUCUAAAUUCCCUUCAAAAUCAAGCCAUUCUCCUGAAAAUAUUCGUACAAGCGAUUAUACUUCAUCGGAUAAUGAUAGCGAACUCAUUUCUCCUUCAAAAUCUUUUCAGCAUAUUAAGUCUCGUAGAGAACAUGCGCGUGUUUCAGAUGUAUUUUCCAAAAGUGAUUCGAAAAGUCCAGUUGGAUCGAGUUUACCAUCUGAUAGUGAAAGUUCGGACCUAUCAACUGAACCACAAAAUAACCCCGAUGAAGCUCGAAGAUUUACAAAACCUUCACCGGAUGAACUUUCUGAGAUUUCAGAUUUUAAGUCAGACUCCCCUAAUCGUGGUCGUUUAUCACCUGUAGAAACUUCACACUUUGAAUCUACGCGGAACAGAAAUUCCAAUGAUUCACUUUCUUCACCUAUUUCUUCACAACCAGAGAGUGCAUUGGAUUCCGAAGAAAAUGAAGAUACAGAGCUAACGGUCGUUGGUAAAAUCCACAAACCUGAGAAAUGUACUGCCUUCCAACGAUCACCUGUCUCCAAACCUGUUUGUCCUAUUCAAGAAGUUCAACGCAGAAGAGGUCGACCACGAAAGAACAACCAAUUGUCACCUAAAUAUUCAUCUAAUUUCAGUCCACAAAAAGAGACAUCUGGUUUUGAAGACUCUUUGGUUUCUACAGAAUCUAGUUCUGAAGACGAUAUGUUUAAGACAAAUGAUGAUAGUUCUCGCGAUUUCUCUACUUGUGAUAAUAUUCCUUCAAAAGUUAACCAAGUGAAUCAUCAAUCAAACACCGAUUGGUCUAUAUUACGUGCAUCUUUGGAGUUCCAAUCUUCAGAUUUUCCUACUAUUCCUUUGACAUACAACUCUCAACCAUCUGGAGGUUCACGUAGAAAACAGAAUCUUGGUGGCUUAUGCAGAAACAAUAUGGCCUUGUCAACUAUUGAUCAAAAAAAUAAAUGUACAUCAUUUCCAGACACUGAUAUUCCUCAGAAAAUGAGUUUGAUCUCUGAUCAAAAACUCCAUAGAUAUCCUUUAUACCAUUCUCCAGGAUUUCCUGUAUCAUCAAGGGAUCGUGAUAAUUUGAAGCUAUCUGAAAAAAAUAUAAAGUCGGAUGAUUUAGAUGGAGAUAGUACGGAUAGUGCUUCAAUGGAAUCUGUAGAUAUUGUGGAAACUGUGGAGUGUAAAUAUAUGUGGCCUGAACCCCUCCUUACCGAUCAUAAUUAUUUUCGUGUUCCUGAAAUUGGAUCUGUCAUUCAUUAUCGAUCUACUAGGAAAGUAACUAAACACAAUUUAAAGUCAAAGGAUAGUUUCGUCGACAGUCAUUUGACCACAGCGGACAAUUUACGAAAACGCUCUUGGCCAACAGACCCUACGUACAUUAGUGGCGGCGUCAGUGAUGAUGAUUCCCAUGAUUCUUCUAAGUGGUUCAAACUGUCGAAGCGUUCGAAUGUUUCAGAGUUAAGAAAUGAAGAGGUUACUGGAAUUUGUAAAGCUGACUUAAAAGCAAAUCAGCUUUUGACAGAGGAGAAUAAGAAGCCAAAAUAUAUUGAAGCGAAACCUGAAACUUCGAAAGUUCGUGGGUCACGUGAACUGGCCAGUCUUUUAGCACCAGUACCUAAAUCCGAAAUUCGUCGUGUUAUGGAAGAAUCUUGCGGUCUACUGAAAGAAGACAUUUACAAACGUAUGUCUGGAGAGCGAGGUUUUUCUCGAUCACAACCACAUUUUCAACCAAGGUCGGCAUCUGAAGAAGAUUACAUCCUGAGGAGUAUUCUCGUUUUUGGUAUAGAUGCAGAAGAUCUUAGUUUUAUGUGUGAAGCCUAUCAGUUUCUGCUAAGCAAAUGCCAUUCACCAUUAGAUGUCACUACAUAUGAUAAUUUCAAACAAGACAAUUUUUAUAUGAACGCUAAAGUCGUUGAUCCUCGUGUUGUAAAUAUUAUAAGCCUUUCACACUGGGUUGAGCAUCCACCUACCCUUGCCGCUGAUCCCAUUACUGUCAAAACACACGUUAAUGAUAGUGGACAUCUUGUUAAUUCACGCAAUUUGUGGUCAGGUCGACAGAAGCAUGAGCGUCAACGAUAUCAAUACAAAUUUUCGUGUUCUAAGAAUUCCACAUCCAAAUUAUCUUCUGUUCACCAUAAAUCCUUUGCAAGAUCAUCUGAUUCAGAUGACCUUUAUUCCUCUUUAUCUGAUCAAUCACUAAAUCACUCUUCUGAUGAAAAAUACAAAAAGGAUUUGAGCAACAGCUCAGUAUGUAAAAAGGAAUGUUCUCCCACUUACUCACCUGUAAAUACUUCAUAUAAUCAUAAACUAACACUCUCCUGGCCUAAGUUUGACGACCAAAUACUGGCGGUAGCGAAUUAUGCUGCUUCUUUAAAUGAGAAUGUUGAUACAGUUGGAGAUAGUGUUGAUAUUCACCUUGGUCCUGCAGCCUGUUUACCGCCAAUCCAUUCAUCAGGGUCAGCUCGAACACAGGGCUAUUACCGAAUGCCUACUGAAGAAAGAUUUCGACGUCCUUGGUGUGUCGGUCGAAGUUUAAUUGGAGAAGAUGGUCGUCGUCGCCCUAUUCCCUUAAUGCCUGCAACUGUGCAAGCACAGCUUGGAGGUGAUGCAGCAUUACAAGCUAUUGGCGAGAAUAUUGAGGAACGUUUAACCGAACAAGCAUCUGAAGCCAAGAAAAAACAACUCACUCAAUUUCGAGAGGCUCGGUCUGUUCAACGUCGAUUGUUAGCUGAAUUUCAAGAUAUUGAAACUGGCGACUUGCUUAAAUUUAAUCAGUUAAAGUUUCGUAAAAAGCAGCUCAUAUUCGCCAAAUCGCCUAUCCAUGCAUGGGGCUUGAUAGCUUUGGAACCGAUAGCUGCCGAAGAAAUGGUGAUUGAAUAUGUUGGUCAUGUGGUUCGUAAGGGUGUCGCUGAACUACGUGAACGUCAAUAUGAAGCCAAAGGAAUCGGUGGCUCUUAUCUUUUCCGAAUUGAUGAUGAGUUUGUAAUUGAUGCCACAAUGUGCGGCAACAAUGCUCGGUUUAUCAACCACAGUUGUCAGCCAAACUGCUAUGCCAAGAUAAUAAUGGUUGAAAGUAAGAAAAAAAUUGUUAUAUAUUCCAAAAGAGACAUUAAUGUUAUGGAAGAAAUUACGUAUGACUACAAAUUUCCUUAUGAAGAAGAUAAGAUACCAUGUCAAUGUGGAUCAUCAUCUUGCCGUGGAACGCUUAAUUAGGAGACCUACAUGUUCAGACAAUUUUUGGUGUCAAAAUCGGAACAGAUGUAUAUAGAUUUGUAAGUAAUUAUUGCUUUCUUCUCGAAAUCUUUGUGUUACAUGAGGAUUAGUUAUCAUUUCCUUACAUGUUUAUUUCUGUACAUACAUUCUUUUGUUAUUUUCUUAUGGUGUAUGAAUCUUGAUUGAACUAAUUUUUAAAAAUACCUUUCAUUCUUAAUUCCAACUAAAUAUUUGUACCAGAUUUGUUUACGAAAGAUCAUUUUUAUCCUCGACACUUCAGACUACCCCGUGUAACUUUGUUCUCUUUAAUUAUUUCCUGUAAGCUUGUGCUUGUCUCUGGUACUGUGUAGAAUACGUCCUUUUCGAAUACGACGGGUGGGAGAUAGUUUUAAAGAAGUCUUUUGCGAUUUCAAAAAGUAAAUAAUUACUUACAUCUAUCAAUCCUCGUGGAGAAGCAUAGGCUGCUCACCAGCAUUUUCCAUCGACCUCUGUCCUGGAAAAUCCUUCCCAGCUGUAAUUUCUCCCUUAUAUAUCUGCUUCCAAUUCCCGACGCAGUGUGUCCUUUGGCCUUCAUCUUUUCUGUUUCUCUUCAGGAUUCCAAGUUAGCGCUUGCCUCGUGGUGCAGUUUGGUGAUUUCCGUAACAUAUGUCCUAUCCACUUCCAGCAUCUUUUCCCAAUUUCCUCUUCAAAUGGAAGCUAGUUUUUCCUCUCCCCCAGUAGGCUGUUGCUUAUGGUAUUUGGUCAACGGGCAUUGAGUAUCUUGUGUAUAUAAUUGUUUGCAAAUACCUGUACUUUUUUGAUGAUGAUUGAAGUAAUUCUCCAACUUUCAGCUCAGUACAGUAGGACUGUCUUAAUGUUCGUAUUAAAGAUUGUGACUUGAUAUUGGUUGAUAGUUAUUUUGAGGUCCAUAUGUUCUUGAACAGUAGGAAUCUUGUCUUUGUUUUAACAAUCCUCGCCUUUACGUCUGCAUCAGAUUCUUUAUGUUUAUCGAUGAUGCUGAAACAGAUAAUUGAAAUUGUCCACC